AUGAGCGCCGUAGAAGAGGAGCAAGGCGCUCUUGGCUCGUUGGACAACCUUGUGCUCGGUACCAUCCUAUCCGAUCUAGGAGUGUCGUCUCAAGAUGCCAUCUCUCGCUCACGUCUGCUAUCCCAUCGCGCUGGUCCAUCCUCCUCCGAACCUCGUAAUGGCGCAAACAUAAGCAAUGACGAUGAAGGAAUGCAGCUAGCUUCGGAUCAGAUAUAUGGUGAAAAGUACAUGGACGAUGACUUUGGAACGACGGAUGAAAGGGGCGAAGAGAGCGAUGGAAUGGCUGAAGAUCUGGAGGAAGAGAAAGAGCGGAGAGCGAGGGAGGACAGAAUGUACCGAGCUGGCUUGCAGAGUCUCGAGACCGGUGGGACGAGGCAGAUCAGGGGAGAAGUGGGGUACGACGACGACGACGAUGAGGGAGAAGAGGAAGGAAGGCAAGCGGCGAGAGAGGUAGCGAAGAGAAAGGAAGGAGAGAUGAGGGCUUUGAUGAGCAUCAAAAGGGAGCCUGUUACUUCGCCACCAGACGAAAUGAUGGAUGAAGAUGCCGAGGGCGAAGAGGAUGCGGAAGGCGAAGAGGAGGAGGAGCAGGAGGAAGUCGUCACUCCGCCUGCGCAUGCCGCGACGGGUGAGCCGCCGGCUGACAUCGAGCAGAAUGAGGAGGACGAAGGCAUAAGAUUGCCCGCAAGACCAAAAGUCAACAUCAAGCACGUAUUUCCGAAUUACGGACCUUCAUCCAUCAUCAACUUUACAGAGCUGUACAACGAUCUGACCAGGCCGCUCAAAAGAGCAAGGAUAUCAGACUCGACCGUCGAAGCGCAAGCUCCCUCUACCCUCGCUGCGCAAGAGGAGACUGUACCCGUCUUCGAAGCACCGCCCACACCAAGUGUCGUUGACCUGCCAAGCACAAGAGACGAAGCGGAAGUGCGCCAAGUGUCAGCAGCACCCACAAGAUACAAUGCGAUCAGCUGGGCCGUGGAGCCACUUGUACGCUCGUCUCGUCGAGAUGCUCACCCACGCGACGAGCCCACCUCAGCGCAGCUUCGCCCGAUGGAUAUCGAGGACUGGGAGAGCAACAUUUUGUUGCAUGGCGCUACUAUGCCAGCUCCAUCUCUGCGCGUUCGACCUGACCGGCUGUUCAAUGUCGACUUAGCGAAUGGAGAGUGGGAAGAUGGUAUUGUGCUCGAUGGCAAGGGACCUUCUAAGCGGGACUACUACAGACUUUUGUUGGACAUGAAUGAUCCGGAGAUGAUGCUGGAGCGAAUUCAAGUUGAUCAAGCUUCGGAAGCGGGACGAGGUCCGCCACAAGCAAAAGCUGUGUCUUCGACAAGUGUCGCCACGUCUGGUGGGACAGCUACAAGUUCCGCAGGUGAAAUCUCAAAGCACGCAGUGGACUUUUUGAAUCUUUCUAAUGAUCACUUCUACGAGGUGUCGAAGGAACAGAUGAGGAGACGCGUUCGACAGACGUUGGGUCAGUUGAUCGUUCAACACGCACCGCCUGCCAAUGCGCUGCAAUUGCCUUUCUACAAGACGCGAUUGACAAAGACGGAAGCAAGAUCAUUCCAUCGACCAGCCAUGCAAUUCCCUUCCAACAUCCCGCUCAAGUUUUCAAAGGUGCGCUCUUCCAAGAAGAAGAAGGAAGAGAGGGAAGGCACAUCCAGCAAGAGCGGCAAGAACAAGGAUCCCGCUGAGCUGCUCAAGAGCAGUAGAGAUCUGUCGUUGAGGGAUACAUCGCAAUUUGUUAUGUACGAGUAUUCCGAAGAGUACCCACCACUGCUCUCGAAGAUGGGCAUGGGAUCUCUCAUUGUCAACUACUACCGCAAGCGAAACGAGCGUGAUGAGCACAUACCGAAGUCGGACCUCGGAGAGCCAUUCAUACUCGAUCUACCGGACGAGUCGCCCUUCAUGAAGUUCGGCAGUGUGCAUCCAGGCCAGACACAGCCGACACUCUACAAUAAUCUAGUCCGCGCUCCCCUCUUUCGGCACAAGCCAGCCAGCACGGAUUUCCUGUUGGUACGCAGUACGAACCGGAACUCGGUCAGGUACUUUUUGAGAGAAAUCAAAAAUGUUUUUGUCGUCGGACAGACCUAUCCCCUGGUUCAGAUUCCUGGACCUCAUGCAAGAUUGGUCACCAAUGCGAUCAAGACUAGGCUGCAGAUGAUUGCGUACAAGCUCGUCGCUACGACCCCUCUCAACCGCAUCAAGAUACAUCGCAUCAUGCGAUACUUCCCAGACCAAAAUGAGUUGCAAAUGAGGCAAAGAUUGAAGGAAUUCAUGGCCUACAAUCGUACCGCCGGACACAAGGACCAAGGGUACUGGAAGCUCAAGCCCGGCAUCAUCCCACCCGAAGAGUCUGAGCUGCAAAAGCAACUGCCGCCAGAGCACAUGGCCCUUAUCGAGGCUAUGCAGACAGGCCAACGACAUCUGCUGGAUGCAGGAUAUACACAGUCGGCGGAGGGAGCAGACGAGGAUGGUGACGAGUCCAAGAUGGACAUUGAGCAACUGUUGGCUCCCUGGAUAGUAUCGAAGAACUUCUUGCACGCCACGCAGGGCAAAGCUAUGCUGAAGCUGCACGGAGAAGGCGAUCCGAGCGGGCGAGGCGAAGCUUUCAGCUUCUUGCGCGUAUCCAUGAAGGAGGUCUUCUUCAGAGCUGGAGACACGUUGGAAGCCCAAUUGGCUGCUCAGGCCGAAGAAGAGAAGAAGUCUGGCCACAAGUACAAUGUGCAGAAACAGCAGCAGGUGUACAAGUCGGAAAUUGAAAGGAUCUGGCAAUCUCAAGCUAAGGCCCUUUCCAACCCUGUGCCUCCUAAGCUGACUGCGCAGGAUUUGAAAGAGAAUUUGGAAAGGGAUGAGGCGGAAAAUGCGCGUAACAACCAGACCGGCCCGCCAAUCGACGCUGGUGAAGCUGACGAGAGCGAGAGUCAAAUGGGCAUCGACACGCGGGUGCUCAGAAUCCGGAGGCUCGUGCGUGGCCGCUGGGAGACGGAAAUCGUACGGGACUCCGGCGUCAUUGGCGCCUACUUGCGACAACGUCAGCGUAUCGAGGACGAAGCGACAGCGACAGAGUCGCUUGUUCCUACGGGAGACGCAGCCUUGGAUGCAGCGCGACGAAAGAGGUUGGAAGCCGAGGUGGCUCAACUCAAGAAGAAUCAAGAUCGAAGAUUGCAGCGCAAGAAUGCCAAAGCUGCGGCUGAAGGUCUGUCCAUUCCUGGAGGCUUCCAAAAGCUAUUGAACAAGACGGACACGAAGAGGAGGUGCGGAAGGUGUGGACAGGUGGGACAUAUGAGCACGAACACUAGUUGUCCAUUGUACGAAGCUCCCAAACCUUCGCAGAUGGCCAGCUCAGCUUCCAGCAGAGCCGCUGCAAAGACUGGCUCCGGUGGCGGGCAUGAAGAGCUCAACGGAGGCACCAGCUCCGACGCUUCUAGGCGUCCUUCCCUCUUGACUUCUGGCGUAGGAAGCAGUUCCAAUCUGUACGGCGUGCCUCAGACCCCAUCGAGCGCAAUGCCUCCUCCAGCUUCUCCCUUUCCAUUUGCCAGAGCCCUCGGAGGAACGCCCAUGGCAAGUCCUGCAACGCCCGGGUUCGGUAUGCCCUCAGCCCACGCCACCUCUCCACAGGGAUCUCUUCCUGGCACUCCUGGACCCGGCUCGACGGGUGCGAGCGGAGGCGCUUCCGCUCCCAAAUUCAAGCUGAGACUGGGCAAGAAGAAGGAUUGA